CAAAAACAAAGUGAAACUAGGUGCACGUGUACUUAGUUUGAUUUUUUAAAACUUUUUUUUGCAGCUUAUCAGAAAAAUUCCGAUAUUCUACAUAGGCCUAUGGUUCAUUUCCUUUUAUUUCAUAUCCAUUGUCAUUGCGAAUUUACAAAUCUGUCAAAACAUGCAAUUUAGACGAAAUUCCUGUCUCCGAAUUGACCAACAGAAUGACGAUUGCAGCACUUCCGGUUUUGCUUACACCGCACAUGUAAAUUGUUAAUGUUGAAAGUCAGUUAAUCUUUUACGUAAGCUUUAAAUUAUAUGAGAAAUGAUGAAUGGGAGAAAGGACAACUCGGCAUAUGGGUCAUAUGUUCCAUAUUCAGAUCAAGACAUAAAUGUCCCAGUGACAGCUGGGGAAGGUGGUGUUGUUUCGCCUUAUUUGAAUUUUAACCCAGCAUAUAUUCAGAAUUCUGAUUCCCAGUACAUAUAUCCCGAGGGAGCCACUGGUCACAGAGGAAUGUGGGAAAAGAGUUUUUCUAUCAUAGGAUACAGUGUUCUGUCAGGAGGAUCGAUUGGUGCUGUGAAUGGUCUUCAUAAAUACAGAAAAGAGUUAUUAUUAAGAGAAGUAGAGGGAGGACCAGCACGGCCCCGAUUUCAGGAGUAUUUCAAAGGAUCUUCAUAUAAAGUUUUACGGAAACAAGCAUUGACAGCCAUUUCAAAACAAAGUGCUUCCGGUGGACAGUCAUUUGGAAUAAUUGCAUUGUGGUACACUCUGGCCCAUCUGGUCAUCAACAAAUCCACAGGAUCAGAAAACAAAUGGCACUGUAUCCCUGCAGGAGUGAUGGCAGGAAUUUUGUACCAGCUACCAGAUCAAAUAUUGCAGAAAGAUGGUGCUGGGGGAUCUGUUGUUAAGAGACAAAUACCAUUUAUAAAGAAGACCAUAACAUAUGCAAAAAUCCCUCCAAUCGUGAAAGGCGUGGGAGUUGGACUGAUUCCAGCGAUGAUAGUGGCAGCCGCCUCAGUGAUGGGACUAGGGGAUCUCGUUUCAUGAUUAUACAAAAGCAGUUCAGUGGAAAUUGUUUUAAUCACCAAAAAUGUGGGGGGGGGGGGGGGGGGGGGAUGUGUUUGUUAUGAAAGUAGUUAACGAGUACAUACUUAUACACUAAAGCAUCCCAGAAUGGUGGUGUUGUGAUAAUUUAUACAUUGAGUUUCCUAUUCCAUCGGAGAUAGUUCAAACAAACGUCAACUGUAUACAUACUUCAACUUGCAGUGGUUUAAAAUAGUCCUUGAUUUUGUGAUUGACUUAUCUGCAAACAAUGUAAGUACGAUAUUAGACCAUGUUGCCGUAUAUAGGGACCUGUGUUUGUCAUUAUUGUGCUGUCACUCAUGAUUUUGCAUUUGGUCUCGAGAAUGAUAGAACACUACCUUCACUUUCUCUGUGUAACAAGGGGCUGUCAUGUGUGAGUAACUUAAUCUUCAAACUGUUUUCUAAAACUGUGACAGCUUUGUUCCUGAAUACUUGUAUUGAUAUUAAAGGUGGUGUUUACUUCCUUAUCAUAUUACAAGUAGAUUGAAUCACAGGGGGCAUGAAGUCAUAAAGGCCUGUGAUACACGCGACAUGGAUCGUGAUUAUUAUAUAGUUUUCAUUUUAUGAGUGCAAGUGGUUUUGAUCAUAUGUUGAAUCAUUGUCAUUUUUAAGUAUAUUGUUGCUGAAACAAUAAAUACUUCAUUC